CUGACUCAACUGCUCUGGUAUCUCUGUGACUGCAGGUGUUAAUUUGGGGGCCUCUGGGCCCUGAGCUUAUUGGGUGCCACGAAAGAAACAUGAGAAUCCGGAGCUCCCUCCUCCUCGUAGUCCUCCUGGCUUUGGAGACUCAGCUGCCUGUUGUCUUGUGUAGAAAGAAGGGAGACAAAUUGGGGGGCUGCCCACCAGACGACGGGCCCUGCAGCCAGGUGAUUCCUGAUCAGUGCGCGAAUGACAAACAGUGUCCCUCUUCCUGGAAGUGCUGCUCCCGAGCCUGCUUCCUCCAGUGUAUGCCUAGAGUCUUUGUAAAGCUGGGCAAAUGCCCCGUGGAUCAACUCCAUUGCCUCAGUCCUAGAAAGCACUUGUGUGACAAAGACUUGGACUGCUCCGGCAAGAAGCGGUGCUGUGUUAGCGCCUGUGGCCGGGACUGCCGAGACCCCAGCAAAGGCUAAUUCUGCCUUAGGAUCUGUGACUCUGCAUCCCAGGUGUGGUUCCCACCAGGAAGAGAUCAUGAUGUGGGGGCCAGGGAUCCUGCAACCCAGAUCAUCUCUCCAGAGACAGUUGUAGCCUUCUGACAAACACUGGUCCGUUGUCACCUCCCUUACUCAUGUCUCCUGCUUCUCUUCUGAGUGCCAAGGUUCACACCAACAUCAAAAGCACAGCUCAUCGCUCCAGCUCCCCACCCCACUGUCGUGCUGAGCUUCCCACCCUACCUCACAGCCAUUUUUAUAUCUCUCUGUUCAUUGUUUCCUCCACUUAAAGUGCCGAGUCAGGCAGCUCCUUCUCUCCCGAGCCCUGAACCCACCUUCAGACAAUCCUCCCUCAAAAAUGUGUAUACAGCAAGAAUUUUCCAAACAUCAGUCCAUCCAUACAUGUGUUUCAGUCCCCACCAUCCCUGAAGAACCAGCCCAUAGCAUGUAAAGUUGUGGGAAGCACCCUGUACAUCUAGUUACUUAACGUCUUCAUUUAAAUGGCUUCCUUUUGGAAGGUUCAUUUCCAAGGGAUGGUGUUGGGGGAGGGGAGGGCAGAGGAGGUUUGGUGCCACAAAGGUAAAUAAGACCUGCAAGGUCACUCACUGGCCAGAGACAGCACAGAACUUCAAAGCCAAGUGCAAUGAAAACAGUAAUCCCGUUAA